UAAGAAGAACUGCGAAAGCUGUCUUCUUCUGGCCACCGUCCUACCUGCAGAGUUGGUCAAGUCAAGUCGACCUGCGCGUAAUAACAUUUCCAACAUGGCAACAACAGCAUUACGAUCCGUACUGAAGGCAAAGGUCCCACUGAGAGCUGGCCGCAUGUGCUACUCCUCCUCAGCGUCUACAAUCAAGCUGUUUAUUGACGGGAAGUUUGUCGAAUCCAAGACGACAGAAUGGCUGGAUAUUCACAAUCCUGCUACCAACGAGGUGAUCUCCCGCGUACCCAAAGCCACCCAGGAGGAGAUGUUAGCUGCGGUGGAGUCCUGCUCCAGAGCCUUUCACUCCUGGUCAGAGACUUCCAUCUUGGCCAGACAGCAGGUCUUUCUGCGUUAUCAGCAGCUUAUCAAGGACAACAUUAAAGAACUUGCAAAGUCCAUCACAGUGGAGCAGGGCAAGACUCUGGCGGAUGCAGAGGGGGAUGUGUUCAGAGGAUUGCAGGUCGUGGAGCACGCCUGCAGCAUCACGUCUCUGAUGCUCGGUGAAACUCUGCCCUCCAUCACAAAGGACAUGGACACCUACACCUACCGCCUGCCCCUUGGGGUUUGCGCUGGCAUCGCUCCCUUCAACUUUCCUGCCAUGAUCCCCCUGUGGAUGUUCCCCAUGGGCUUGGUAAGUGGCAACACCUACCUGCUGAAGCCUUCAGAGCGGGUGCCGUCCUGCGCCAUGCUGCUGGCCAAGAUGCUUCAGGAUGCUGGCGCUCCAGACGGGACACUCAACAUCAUCCACGGCCAACACGAUGCUGUGAACUUUAUUUGUGACCAUCCGUCCAUCAAGGCCAUUAGCUUUGUCGGCUCAAAUCAAGCUGGGGAGUAUAUUUACGAGAGGGGAUCUAAAAACGGCAAGAGGGUCCAGUCAAACAUGGGAGCCAAGAACCAUGGUGUGGUGAUGCCUGAUGCAAACAAGGAGAACACUUUGAACCAGCUUGUGGGUGCAGCAUUUGGAGCAGCGGGACAGCGCUGCAUGGCUCUGUCCACAGCCGUCCUGGUGGGCGAGGCUCGGAACUGGCUGCCGGACCUGGUGGAGCGAGCCAAGGCCCUACGAGUGAACGCAGGAGACCAGGCUGGAGCAGACGUGGGGCCCCUGAUUUCUCCGCAGGCCAAGGAGAGAGUGUGCAGCCUAAUCCAAAGUGGUGUGGACGAGGGAGCCCAGCUUCUUCUGGAUGGCAGAAGUGUUAACGUCAAGGGUUAUGAGAACGGCAACUUUGUGGGUCCCACCAUCAUCAGCAAUGUCACACCUGGCAUGAAGUGCUACACUGAGGAGAUCUUUGGUCCCGUGUUGGUCGUCCUCGAGGCAGAUACUCUGGAAGAUGCCAUCAAUAUGGUCAACAAGAACGCCUAUGGCAACGGAACAGCUAUCUUCACCACAAAUGGUGCCACUGCACGCAAAUACACUCACGAGGUGGACGUGGGCCAGGUGGGAGUCAAUGUUCCCAUCCCGGUGCCACUGCCCAUGUUCUCUUUCACUGGAUCAAGAGGAUCCUUCAGAGGGGACAUGAACUUCUAUGGAAAACAAGGUAUCAACUUCUACACACAGAUCAAAACUGUAACCUCGCAGUGGAAGGCAGAGGACGCCACUUUGAAAAGUCCUGCAGUUACCAUGCCAACUAUGGGACGCUAAAUACUCCACAAGUGCAUUUGUGAAGUCUUAAUUAGACAGACGACACGCUUCUUCCACAUACAGUAUAUAAAACAGACUAAUAAGUUCAAUGUGAAUAUUUUAUGACUGAAAGUUUUUAAAUACUUUUAUGUGAAGAUACUUUCUAAAUACAACCACUGUUGCCAAUAACUAUACAAAGAAGAUGUACAGCUGAGGCGAUGUUUUUUAUCAAUGUCAUCAUCUCCAAUACAACACCAGUAUUUAAACUCUUGUGUUGAACAGUGUAGUGUGUAUAAACUUCAUAAAUAAUGGAUACUAUGAAUACACUGCAUGGUAUUCCACUGAGCCAGCA